ACCCAACAUGGCGCAGGAGUAUCAAUACUUUUACGAGGAUGAAGUCUACCGAUUUAACAAAAAGGGGAAGCUCGAACUGGGAAUGGUACUUGAGAAUGCCGAGUUUGUGUCUAGUGAUGAGGAAUUCGAUGUGGACGAGGAAGAUAAGGUGACGAAGGGCAGUAUUAGGGUGGCUUGGUACCCUAAGGGAGAGGAGCAGGUUCUUCAGGAGCGAAAGGUUGGGCUGGCAGACAGAUCUCUCAUGCCAGGUGAUGUCGUAAGGCGCCUGAUCAGAGGAAAAGACACCCAGCGAGGGUACUGUCGCCAGGUCCACGUAACCUCCAGUGUACAGAUCGUCGGCACAAAACUUGUGAUAUUGAACGUUGACAGCAAUGACCUUACGCCUCUUGAGGAAUUCACAACAGAUAUUGCCGUGGCCCUGGACUCCUGGGUGGGGAUGGUGCACAUGGUCAAGUGCCGUCUGGUGAUGCUGUGCGCUGACGGAUCAAGAUGCGUCAUGUCAGACAGCGAGGCCUUAGAGCUGGACGAUAUGAGGGAUUCCCGAGACAGGGACUCGGAGUUCAGGCGCUACGACUUCUAUCCGGGGCAGCAGCUAGUGGGCUGCGCAAGGGCCUUCGAAGGGGUGGAAUGGAUAUACCGGACUCGCGAAAUGGAGGUCGCAUUAUCCAAGCCCCACAAAUCGAUUAAGGUCACUGUGGAACAAGUACAGGUUGUGCAGCUUGGUGUCCGUUGGCAGUGCCGUGCAUUUUCUAAUGACCCUAAUGUAGACAAGGAGCAGCCGAAGUAUUUAGUUCAGGGGGAGGACUUGAAGAGGGUGAAGAUGUUGAAUGUAUUCGAACCUUGCACACUGCAACUCGGAGACCGCAACUAUUACGUCUCGAAGGAAGGGGAUGUGAUCAUGACACGUGACCAGUGGAGGAAGCUCAUGGCAGCGCAGUUGACCGCAGACCACACCAAUCCCUGUCCCCUGAGGCCUCGACCAGCCAAGAAUAAGUCAAAAAGGAAACCCCGCUCAGGUUUAACAGGAGAUGCUGAGCAGACUGCAGAUGCCCCUGGUGCUCCUACAACAGUAGGUGGUAUGAAAGACACAGAUGGCUCGCCUGUAGAAGGUCCUGUAGGAGCUGAAGGAGGGUUACCUGCAGAUGAUGAUACCAAAGACUAUAAUGCAGACAGUGAUGGAUAUAUUGAUGUAGAUACUGAUGAAUUUUCUGACACCGCUUCAGUUAGUAGUGGGGCAUCAACAGGAUCUGUAGGGAGGCGAAACAAAAAGGGACCUGCAUUGAUGACAAAAAUGAUGAAAAAGCGCAAGUUGAAGAGGGCAAAAAGGAAGACCACCAAUGAGGGACCAGCGAUUAAGACUGGAGAUCAGUUGGUUGUUGAAACUCUCAUGACAACCUCUAAAGCAGAUGUUGUGUGGCAGGAUGGAUCACUGGAGAAGCGUAUUUUGUCAACAGUCCUUUAUCCAAUUCACCAUUUGGACGACCAGGAAUUCUUUCCGGGUGACUUUGUGGUGGAGCAGGACUCAGUCGAUCCACAUGAGUACGGUGUUGUGCAGAGGGUUGAUCAUGCUGGGAGGACAUCCAUUGUCAAGUGGUUCAGAACUUACACAGCUGGAAAUGAACCACAGCCAGAAAUGUUACGUGAACAGGAAGUGAGUGUGUAUGAUUUGCGCGACCAUCCGGAUUUCCGCUACCGUCCAGGCUCUGUAGUUAUAAGAGUGGCCAAUUUUGAAGAGUGUCAGACCUGUUCUACAGGGCAAGUUUUAGAUAACUUUCCAUCCGGAGAAGUUAGCGUUUGGUGGGUAGAUGGGAGGACGUCUGUAUGUUACCCUCAAGAUCUGUACAAAGUGGGUGAGUACGACUCGGAUGACGGAGAACUCUGGGAUGACACUGCCUCAGAUGAGUCGUGGGAGACAGAAAGUGAACAUUCUGUGAUUGCAGAGGAGAGUGAGAGUGAAAGUGAGGGAGUACUUAAAACAAGACUUGUAGCAAACAUUGAAAAAGCUCGUAUAGCUAUGAGUCGUCUAGAAGAAAUUUUUACGCAGAAUCCUGCCCUACAGACCACGGCAGUUAUGAAACAACUUUUAGAUUGUUAUAAAGAAUGCAGGUACAUGGAUAAGCUGAUGGGGACAAGCUUCUUCCAUGAAAGCAAUUUCCAGGGACUGAUAGAGAAGGUUCGUGAGCGUGGCAGAGCAUCAACAACUCAGCGCAUGACGGAGCAAAUUAACCGCCUCUUUUCGGCCUCGGACUCGGAGGGCCCCCUGACUCCGAUCAUGAACUGUGGGGAGGGGAGCAAGGCCGGCACAGGGAAUUUCGACAGUGCUAAGGAUGACAUGUCCAAGCCUAAUAAGGAUAAUCUGUGCAAUAAGGAUAUGAAACACAACAAGGAGAGUGGGGGGUCUUGCAACGCAGACAGCGACAUCCUCUCCUCUAAAGACGCCAUCCUCAGCAGUUCGGCCACAUUGUCGGAGAAUUUGGCCAAUCUCAGCUUCUCUCAGGGAAGAACCAGUAAAUCUGAGAAGGUUCUAGAUGGAGGACGAAAUAGGGGAGGCGAGCUACGGCAUAAGAGAAUGAGUGAGACUGAUAUGACUCUUCACGAGAAAGUCUCCUCAGAUGCACGAAUGAAAGACUCCAAAAGUUGUAAUGAUCUGAAGGUGUCCUCCGAAGUCAUCAGCGGGGUAACAGAGGAGAUCCGCACCUCUCACAUGUGCGCUCAGUUGUGCUCUCUCAUGAAGGCUCAGUUGCUCAAAACCUACGAGGAGGUUGUGUUCCGUUUCGGAGGCCACUUUGACAUGAGUCUCAUGCAAGCUUGUCAGGAUUCUGAGGGUGCACAUGGAGAAACCAAGGAUAUCCUGCAGGAUGAUAACAAAGAGAACAUUCCAGUGUUUAUUGCAGAAGACAUAGUUAAUGAAAAUACAACUACCAUUGCGCUUGGUCAGGUUGUUCAUCAAACUGUGAUUCCAGUGGAGAAAAGGGAAGAAAACUACGAAAGUAUUGAUGACAAACAGGCUCUUGAUGUCAGUGUAACUAAUAACGCCUCCCUUCUGCCGUCUCCCGCGGUGACCGAUGACAUGAUCACCUCCAAUGGGAACAGUGGAGAGACGACUGACAAAAAUACCUUCUCAGACGAUGCAGAAAAUGAGGCUUUGAUUGAUUCCAUUAUUGCAAAUGCUGUUGCAGCAGUCAACGGAGAAGUUGGGUCAGCAUUUACAGGAUCUGAUUGCUUGUCGAGUCCUUCUGAAGGCAGUGGACAGGCAGUAGGAAACUCCGAACCCAGCACUGAGCCUGAUGGUUUUGAAGUUUUGGAAGCAGCUCCAGACAGUCACAAGUUCAAGCUGACAAUGUUCCAGCCAACCGACCCACCUCACUUCUACAGGACAGUGCGCAAGGAGAUGAAACUUUUGAAGACCUCCCUCCCUCUCGGAAUCUGGGUCAGAGGUUACGAAGACCGCAUGGAUCUAUAUUCCGUCAUGAUCCGAGGACCAGAGCGCACGCCCUAUGAAGACGGGCUCUUCUUCUUUGACUUCCAGCUGUCGGCAGACUACCCACGUGCGCCGCCUCUCUGUCACUAUGUUACUUACUGCUCUGACAAACUAAAUCCCAACCUUUAUGAAGAUGGCAAGGUUUGUGUGUCAUUGCUGGGUACAUGGAAUGGAAAAGGAACAGAGGUGUGGACUAGUCAGAGUAACCUUCUGCAGGUCAUCAUAUCCAUUCAAGGGUUGAUCCUGGUAAGCGAGCCAUAUUUCAAUGAGGCCGGCUACGAGCGACAGAAGGGGACCCAGCAGGGGAGGGAGAACUCUCGAAUGUACAACGAAAUGGUGGUGCUAAAGUUAAUACAGGCCAUGGCUAAGGUUAUUCAAGCACCUCCUGACAUCUUUAAAAAGGAAAUUAUUCAGCACUUCCAUAAGAGAGCUUUUAAAUUAGUCCAGAGACUUGAAUGUUGGCUAGAAAUAUCAGAAAACCACAAUGCUUCACAUCCAUUGUCUCCCACAACCCCUACAACUUUCAGGGAGAUAUAUCCAUCAGAUGCUAGCGUCGAAUUGCCGGAAUUCCCACUGAUUCCAGCUUCCAAAGGGUUCUGCAUCACCCUUCGCAAGACGCUAAAACAAUUUAAAUCCAUCCUUGAGUCUGUCGGUGUGUCGACGGACCAGAAACUCCAGGCCCGUGAGUUAGAUAGCAACUUAGCCAAGAUUGCCAUUAGCUCCUCCAGCAUCGAGACGAAAGUUGCUAAAGCCACGUGCGUCGAGACGGAAAAGGAAAAAGUUGUCGGUGAUAACUCGUAGCUAUUGUCCAAUUCUAGCUUAUUUAUCCCUGUUAUUACUAGUGUAUUUAUCAAUGUUAAUAAUCAGUGCCUGUGUGGAUUGUGGUGUUCGUUAAGUUUUGCAAAUUGUGGACAUUAUAAGAUCGUAGUCUCCUCCGAUACAAAUUUAGAUCUUUUUACUUUCUGCAAUGAAGCCAAGAGGAGAUGAUAUUUUGCCCUCCCACUGACUUUGUUUCAUUAUUCCGAAGAUUUCUUUUGAUAAGUACCUAAAUAAAGACAUUUGUGUUGGUGCACCAUUUUUGAUAAAUCUGUUUAUGGUCUUUCAUAUUUUCCAGUUUUUAUGCAUUUUGAAUAGAGAUUGUUGAUAUUGAUACAGUAUACAGUUUCAACCAAAUUUUUUCAGCAUUAUUAUUACUGAAAAGAAAAAGGAGAUGACUUUAACAUAAUGGCAAACAUAGGAAAUGAUACACCUUUGUUAAAUAUUUUUGUAAUGAUUUUUUUUUCUUAGUUAUUAUUAUUAUUAUUAUUAUUAUUAUUAUUUUUAAUAAAGAUAAUUUUGA